CCAAUCGCGCUCCACGGUGGCAUUCUUGCUAGGUUUCUUGGUGCACGUGCAGGCAAUUCCUCUCAGUGAGAGAGACCUAUGUGUGUGUGAGCAUUUUCUGUGUGUGUGCGGGUCUCUUGCUGUGAGAGAGCGGCAGAAGCUGCGUUUGCAAAGGCUGCAGACUGUUCUCUGUAGAGUCACUUGAUCAUCACGAUCGAUGUACGGGGUGUGCGGUUGUUGUGGUGCCCUGAGGCCUCGCUACAAGAGGCUGGUGGACAACAUCUUUCCAGAGGACCCUGAGGAUGGGCUAGUGAAGGCAAACAUGGAGAAGCUGACGUUCUACGCCCUGUCAGCUCCGGAGAAGCUGGACCGUAUCGGGGCCUACCUGUCUGAGAGGCUGUCCAGGGAUGUGGCUCGCCACAGAUACGGCUACGUGUGCAUAGCGAUGGAGGCCCUGGACCAGCUGCUGAUGGCCUGCCACUGCCAGAGCAUCAACCUCUUCGUGGAGAGCUUCCUCAAGAUGGUGCGCAAGCUGCUGGAGUCGGACAAACCCAACCUCCAGAUCCUGGGCACCAACUCGUUUGUGAAGUUCGCCAACAUAGAGGAGGACACGCCGUCGUACCAUCGCAGCUACGACUUCUUCGUCUCGCGCUUCAGCGAGAUGUGCCACUCCAGCUACGAGGACCCCGACAUCCGCACCAAGAUCCGCAUGGCAGGCAUCAAGGGUCUGCAGGGCGUGGUCCGGAAGACGGUGAACGACGAGCUCCAGGCCAACAUCUGGGACCCCCAGCACAUGGACAAGAUCGUUCCCUCGCUGCUCUUCAACCUGCAGAGCGGGGAGGGUGUGGAGAGCCGCUCUCCAUCAGAGAAGGAGAAGGAGAGCCCGGUGGAGCUGACGGAGCGCUGCUUCAGGGAGCUGCUGGGGCGCGCCGCCUACGGCAACAUCAAGAACGCCGUCACGCCCGUCCUCAUGCACUUGGAUAACCACUCAUUGUGGGAGGGCAAGACAUUUGCUGUGCGCUGCUUCAAGAUCAUCAUGUAUUCCAUCCAGUCCCAGCACUCUCACCUGGUCAUCCAGCAGCUCCUGGGCCACCUGGACGCCAACAGCAAGUCCUCCGCCACCGUGCGGGCCGGCAUCGUGGAGGUGCUCCUGGAGGCGGCCGCCAUCGCGGCCAGCGGUUCAGUGGGCCCCACAGUGCUGGAGGUGUUCAACACCUUGCUGCGGCAGCUGCGUCUGAGCGUGGACUUUGAGCUGACUGGCUCCUACGACCCGGGCAGCAGCAUGGGCACCAAGAUCAUCAAGACCCACGGAGAGAGACAGCUGCAGGAGGCCGUCAUCAGAACCAUCGGGUCGUUUGCCAACACGCUGCCGACCUACCAGAGGUCAGAGGUCAUGCUCUUCAUCAUGGGCAAGAUCCCUGUGCCUGGCGUCCACCCUGCACUGUCCUCCUCGUGCUCUGGGCCUGAAGGAACCAGGAUGAUCCAGAUCAUGCUUCUCAAGUCCCUGGUACAGGUGACGGCGGGCUUCCAGACCACCAACAUGCUGACGGCGCUGCCCAGCUCGUUCCUGGAGCCGCUGCUCUCCUUCUCCCUCACCGAAGACCCCGAGGUCCGCCUGCUGGUGAUCCACAUCCUGCUCAGCCUCAUCGAUCGCCACGACAACCGCCCCAAGUUCUCCGCCAUCAGCAUUAUCUCGGAUAUCUCUGUGCUCAAGCUGAAGGUGGACAAGUGCUCCAGACAAGACAACUUGUUCAUGAAGAAGCACGGCCAGCAGCUCUACCGCCACAUCUACCUGGGCUGCAAGGAGCAGAGCAGCGGGCGGCAGCACUACGAGAACCUCUACAACCUGCUGGCCCUGCUCAGCAUGGAGCUGGCCAACGAGGAGGUGGUGGACCUCAUCCGGCUGGCGCUCGCCCUGCAGGACCUGGCACUGUCCACGGAGGAGUCCAUGCCCGUGUUCAACCGCUGUGCUAUCCACGCGCUCGCUGGCGCGUACCUCAACCUCAUCUGUCAGCUGACCACAGUACCCGCCUUCUGCCAGCACAUACAUGAGGUAAUUGAGGUGAGACAGAAAGAAGCCCCCUUCCUUUUGCCGGAGGACAUCUUCAUAGAAGGGCCCAAGCUACCUCCCUCUCUGGAGAAGGUGGAAGGGGAGGUGCUUUUCCUCCAGUCCAAGAUCACGGAGGUCCUGGGAGGCAGCGGCUACAACAUAGACCGGCUGGCCACGCCAUACAUCCCCCAGUACACCGAUGAGGAUCGCCUCUCCAAGAGGAAGAGCAUCGGGGACAACAUCUCCCUCCCGCCAGAAGACGAGUCCCGUAACAGUCCUGAGAAAGAGGAGCGUACCCCAGCAGAGGAGAUCACGUUUGAAACGCUCAAAAACGCCAUUGUGGACAGUGUGGGUAUGGAGGAGCAGGAACGGGAGCGUAGGCGACAGGUGGUCGAGAAGUUCCAGAAGGCCCCGUUCGAGGAGAUAGCUGCCCACUGUGGCGCCAGGGGGUAA